AUGACUUCGAAAAAAGUUAUACUGGUUGCACUAAGUGGGUGCUCCUCCAGCGGUAAGACAACGAUAGCAAAACUCACGGCGGACUUGUUCACGAGGGCUACGCUAAUUCAUGAAGAUGAUUUUUAUAAGCAUGAUAAUGAGGUACCAAUAGAUGCUAAGUAUAAAAUUCAGAAUUGGGAUUCACCGGAAGCUCUAGAUUUUACGCUUUUCAGCAAAGAAUUAGAUAUAAUCAAACGAACUGGCAAAAUAGCUACCAAACUUAUCCAUAAUAACAACGUAGAUGACCCUUUUACAAAAUUUCAGAUUGAUAAAAAAGUUUGGGACGAGCUGAAGGCCAAGUAUGAUUCUAUCGAUGAUAAAAAUCUUGAGGUCGUUAUUGUAGACGGAUUCAUGAUUUUUAAUAAUACUGAAAUAUCGAGAAAAUUUGAUUUGAAAAUAUUAGUGCGUGCCCCCUAUGAAGUAUUGAAGAAAAGAAGGUCUUCAAGGAAGGGAUAUCAAACCUUGGAGUCCUUCUGGGUGGAUCCGCCCUAUUAUUUCGAUGAGUUUGUGUAUAAAUCAUAUCGUGAAAACCACGCCCAGUUAUUUGUUGAUGGGGACGUGGAAGGAUUAUUGGAUCCAACAAAGGCGAAGGAUAUAAAAGAGUUUAUAAAUGAUGAAGGGACACCAAUUGAAAAACCUUUAAAAUGGGUUUGCCAAGAGAUUUUAAAUCUGUGUAAGGACUAA